GUAUCACCCAACUACCUCUCCCAACCUUUCCAUUAAAUGCUGCAUGCAUUCAUUCACAGUUUCCCAGCUAAUAAUUUUGUUCAUAAUGGUUGCAGGAAAGCAAAGAAAGCCGAGGGAAAAUUUUGGUCAAGUUAUAAUUCAAGGUUCAGUUGCAAAUCACAGCACCAAAGAAGAAAGAUGGAUUCUAUGAUUAGCCAAGUGUUGGUGUUGUUCUUAGCGUUCUUGCUUGUGUGUGGAAAUGCUCAAGACUCUACAACUUUGGUGCCUGCUAUCAUUACUUUUGGUGAUUCUGCUGUGGAUGUGGGGAACAACAACUAUCUUUACACUAUUUUCAAGGCCAAUUACCCUCCAUAUGGAAAGGACUUUGUGAAUCAUCAGCCCACUGGCAGGUUUUGCAAUGGAAAACUUGCUACUGAUUUCACUGCUCAAAGUUUAGGAUUCAAGUCCUUUCCAUUGCCAUACCUUAGCCCAGAGGCAUCCGGUAAGAAUCUUCUCAUUGGAGUCAAUUUUGCCUCUGCUGCCUCUGGUUAUGAUGAGAAUGCUGCUCUCUCAAAUCAUGCACUCUCACUGCCUCAACAAGUUGGAUUGUUCAAGGAGUACCAAGCUAAGCUGGCUAAGGUAGCAGGCAAUGAGAAAUCAGCCUCCAUAAUCAAGGAUGCACUCUACUUGCUGAGUGCAGGAAGUGGAGAUUAUCUGCAGAACUAUUACAUCAAUCCUUAUAUUAACAAGCUCUACACUGCUGAUCAGUACGGUUCAAUGCUCAUAGCAGCAUUUACAACAUUUAUCAAGGACAUCUAUGGUUUAGGAGCUAGGAGAAUUGGAGUGACUUCACUUCCUCCAUUAGGCUGCUUUCCUGCUGCUCUCACCUUGUUUGGCAACCAUCAAAGUGGGUGUGUCUCAAAGAUCAAUACUGAUGCACAAGCCUUCAACAAGAAGCUGAAUUCUGCAGCAGAAAGUCUGAAAAAACAGCUUCCUGGUUUUAGAAUUGUGAUCUUUGACAUUUACAAGCCACUUUUCGAUGUCAUCAAUUCUCCAUCAAAAAACGGGUUCAUGGAAGCCAGAAAAGGGUGCUGUGGAACAGGGACAGUGGAGACAACAUCACUUUUGUGCAACCCCAAGUCCUUGGGAGGAAGCUGUUCUAAUGCAACUCAAUAUGUGUUUUGGGAUAGUGUGCAUCCUUCUGAGGCUGCUAAUAAAGUUCUUGCUGAUGCCUUGAUUCUCCAGGGCUUUGCUCUCCUCUAGAUCACUAAUCAUGAGCUGUUCUUCUCCACUUGCUUCAAAUGAUCUGCAUUGCAGGAAUUUGUAGUCUGUUUUAAUUAUGUAUCUGAGCAAACCUGUUCUAUUUACUCCAUAUUAUAAGCUAAACAACUUCCUUUGUGAGCUGAAACAUUGCAUUAAAUUUGUUCU